AUGCUGCCUCUUGGUCUUCUUACGGCCGCACAGGGCCAUCCCAUGCUGGUAGAACUCAAGAAUGGCGAAACUCUGAACGGCCACUUGGUCACCUGCGAUAACUUCAUGAACCUUAUCCUGCGCGAGGUAGUGCAAACUAGCCCCGAGGGUGACCGCUUCUUCAGAUUACCUGAAGUCUAUAUCCGAGGCAACAACGUGAGUGCCCUGACGAGCAGUGGACUCGCCCCGCUAUUUGGCCGCAUACUAACAAAUCACCAGAUCAAAUACCUACGAGUGCCAGAAGAGAUUGUCGAAAUUGUGAAAGAACAACAACAGAACCAACCACAAGGCCGUCGUGGUCACGGGCGAGAUGGUGAUCGUGGCCGCGGCCGGGGCCGUGGUGGUGGCCGUGGUGGUCGCGGUCGGGGACGAGGCGGCCCCAACUAG